UUGAGUCGGCUGAUCUCGGGCUGCGCCGCAGUCGCUCGCUCUCCUCGAUCGUUUCUGUCGGUCAAGAUGUGACGCAGGGGACGCGGGUCGAAGGAAAAGCGUGUGUCGCGCGUGCGUGCGCGUGUGCUGCAGUGACGGCGAGGAAGGCCGGUGGAAAGCACGCCGACGAGGUAAUCGCCGUCGCUACGCUACGGCGAUGGGCUAAAACAGCUGGCGGGUCGCCGUCGCGCGAAACAUGUUGUUGUCCGACGUAUACAUCUACAGUGACGGCGGGCUAGCGGAGUCGGAGCCAGCUCGAGCUGCUGCCAGCAUGACGGCCAUCAAUUCGGGACCCGUGGGCGAGGUCGGCGGAGUGCGCCUGCCGCUGCAAUCGCUCCACGGCUACGGCUCGUUGUUCAUGUACUCGGCGACGACGAGUCCCGGAGGAGCCGGCGGCGGCAGCAGCAGCGGCACCGGCAGCAGCGCCGGCUCCACGCAGGUGGCCACGGCCACGGCCACCACCUCGAGCACGGGCGAAGUGACGCUGAGGCUGCGCGAGCCCGAGGACAUACCCGAGGAGGUGUUGGCGAGGCUCGAGGACACCGCCACGCUCUCCAUAUCGCUGCAGGGCGACGCGGUUCUCAGGCUCGGCGCCGCCAGUGCAGUGACGCGCGAGCUCGCGCUAUUCGAGAUCUUUAAUAAAAAGCGAAGACGCGUAAAAGAAGGAAGCUGCCUCGGAGAUGGGAUCGCAGGUAUAGCAGCGCCAUCAGUUGAGAAAUUAGCUUGA